UGCCCCGAGAGUUAGAUCAGAGAGGGCAAUAAUUAAGGAUCUUUGGUUAGAUCAUUUACUUGCCCGAUUGAUAAUUCCUGCGGUUAUCCUGAGUAAUCCAGUCUUCGACAUUCAAAGCUGUGAGUCAUUGAUGAUAAAUGGCAGUCUCCAUGGCGUCCCCGGUGUGUCUGGUUGAUAACGGGCCUGACGGGUGCAUGCGUGUCCAGCAGGAGGCGCUGCAGGUGCUGGAGCAGAUCCAGCAGCCGGUGGUGGUGGUGGCCGUGGUGGGGCUCUACCGCACGGGCAAGUCCUACCUCAUGAACCGGCUGGCCGGCAAACACACAGGGUUUGCUCUGGGCAGCACCAUCGAGUCCAAAACCAAAGGAAUCUGGAUGUGGUGUGUACCUCACCCCUCUAAACCAGGACACACUCUUGUCCUACUGGACACAGAGGGACUGGGAGAUGUAGACAAGGGAGACUCCAAGCAUGACACACAGAUCUUCUCUCUGGCCGUCCUGCUAAGCAGCACUCUGGUUUACAACAGCAGAGGAACCAUCGACAAUAGGGCUGUGGAGGAGUUGCAAUAUGUAACAGAGUUGGCUGAGUUCAUCAAAGUGAAGUCAUCUGAUGAAGAUGGAGACGAUUCCGAGUUUGUCAAGUUCUUCCCCAGCUUCAUCUGGGCCGUGAGGGACUUCACUCUUGAGAGGAAGAUCGACGACAAGGAUGCGACAGAGGAUGAAUACUUAGAGUUUGCCCUGAAGCUGAAACCUGGUAGCUCUAAAAAGAUAAAUGACUACAACCUUCCUCGGGAAUGCAUCCGGAAGUACUUCCCAUCCCGGAAGUGUUUCACCUUCCCAUUCCCCAGCCGCCCGGAGGACGUGAAGCGUCUGGAGAGCUUGACCCAGUCGGAGAUGGCCCCAGAGUUCCUAGAGGUCGCGGAGCGCUUCUGCACCUUCGUCUUCAAUCAGAGCCCUGUGAAGCAGCUGAAGGAUGGACACACUGUCGACGGCAGGAUCCUGGGGCACCUGGUGAAGAUGUACGUGGAGACCUUGUCCAGCGGAGGUGUGCCCUGCUUGGAGAACGCAGUGGUUGCCAUGGCGCAGAUUGAGAAUGAGGCUGCUGUGAAGGAGGGUCUGGAGGUUUACGAGAGCGGCAUGGUGCAGCUGAGAGCCAAGUUCCCCGUGGACCUGCCUGACUUGACCUCUGCACACCAGCGCCUCAACACCCUGGCAACAGAGGUCUUCAUCAAGCGCUCCUUCAAGGACGACGGGAAGCACAUUAAGUCUCUGGAGGAGGCUGUCAACAAGCUGUUCAGUGGAUUCCUGCACCAGAAUGAGGAGGCCUCGGUCCUGAAAUGCCAGGAGGUCCUCACAGGACUCUCUGCUCCACUAAGGGAAAAACUCCAGCAGGGAUUCUACAUGAAGCCCGGAGGAUACCAGCUCUACAGCCAGGACCUGGAGGACAUUGUGAAGAAAUACAAAAGCCAGAGCCACCUGGGAGUCAAGGCUGAAGAUGUGUUGGAGGGCUUACUGAAGCGAAUGAAGGAGGAGUCCUCAGCCAUCCUGCAUGCUGACCGGAAUCUCAGCGCCAGGGACAGACAGAUCUGUGAGGAGCGUGAGAGAGCCGUGAUGCUGCAGCAGGAGGUGAAGGUUAACGAGGAGCGUCAGCGUCAGCUGGAGGAGCGCAUGGUUGCGGAGCAGAGGAGCAACGAGGAGCGCAUGCGACAGGUGAAGGAGAAGAUGGAGCAGGAGAUGAGGCAGCAGCAGGAGGAGGCUCGACGCGCCACAGAGAGCCAGCUGCGUGAGCAGUCUCUCCUGCUGGAGAAGGGCUUCCAGGAGAAGGCGGACAGGUUGGGGCAGGAGAUGCGAGAGGCCCAGCGGAGAGCAGAGGAGUCAGAGAAGAGCAGGAGCCAGGAGUUCACCCGCCUGCUGGAGCAGCAGGACCGCCGGCACAGCGAGACCAUGGCCCUGAUGAGGGAGCAGAACCAGGCCAUCCUGAAUUCAGGAGGAGGAGGAGGAGGAGGAGGAGGAGGAGGAGGAGGGGGUAUAUUGGGCUUUUUCAAAUCACUCUUUAGCUAA